GUUUAUAGGGCUUUUAUUUUGGCGACGUGUUAGAAACAGGAAGUAGUAGGAAAGAAGUCUGACGUUUCAUGAGUCGAUUUUCACUGUAAUAUUUCGAAGAUGUCACGAGCCAAACCAGAGGAUGAUGAGUACUGGAACAGCUCCAAAUUUAAAGCGUUCACAUUUGAUGAUGAUGACGAUGAGUUUUCACGGCUGAAAGAAUCCAAGCGGGCCGUGAACAGCAUCCUGGUGGAUGAUGAUGAUGAUGAUGAUGAUGAGGAUGAUGUUGAGAGAGUCAGCUGGAGUGGGGAACCUGUGGGAAGCAUCUCUUGGUCGGUGAAGGAAACCGCCUCCAGUAUCCGCUCAGGCAGCGAGCAGAGCUUUCCCAAAAUAGACACCACUCCGUCACUGUCCAAACAGGGGUCUGGAUACUCUCUGAGCUCCCUGUUUAAAGCAAAGAGUAAACCUUUCCAGUCCUUAUCCGAGUCUUUUAGCGACACAUCUGUUAGAACAUAUGCACCUGAGUUGAGAAAGCCCAAGUCAGAUGGAAAGGAUUUUGUCAGUGACCUGAGUCCUGAGGAAACCGUGAGGAGAAUGCAGAAAGGACGGGCAUUUUCCCUAGAAAAGUUCCGCUCUCUGCAAGACAAACUUCUGCUGCUAGAUGAAGCAGUUGCUGUUUAUGAUGGCAACGUCAUCACUGCUGUCUUGAUAUAUUUAAAAAAGUCAUUAAAUAAAGAAAUCCUCUUUCGAGAGUUGAUGACGAGAGAUGUGGCUUUGCGUCAUUACGUUCAUUAUUUAAAAGAAAUGGGAGAACAAAAGCUUUUGGUUGAGUUACUGAAGGCUCUUGGCAGGACAGAAGACAUGGCGUUGAUGCAAUAUAAAGAACACUUAAAUAUUAAGGAUGAAGGCCGAAGAAGAGAUUUCCUCAAAAGUUGCCUCAGCCUUUCUUUCUCUCAAGACGAUGCCACUCACGUUCAAGACCACUAUACACUCCUCGAGAGACAAAUAAUCAUAGAGGCUAGUGACAAGAAGGCAGGUGCAGAAAUCUUUAAGAAGUUCCCUAGAAAAGCAUCCAUCCUUAAUAUGCCAAUCAUCACCACAUUGUACUACUCUUGCUUUUACCAUUACGGAGAGCCAGAGGGAACCUUUAGCAGCCCUUCGAACAUUAGAAAAACUUUCCGGAUUUCAGAAAAGCAGUAUAUUCUCACAGCUCUUGGCGCAAGAGCGAAGUUGAAAUCCUGGUUUGAUGUGGAUAGUCUGUUCAACACCAAAAACUGGCUAGGAUACACCAAGAAAAGAUCUCCCAUUGGCUUUCACAGAGUGGUGGACAUCCUGCAGAAGAACAGCGCCCCUGUAAAUGUGCUGCAGGAGUAUGUGAACCUCAUCGACGACCCAGAACUCAAGCUCAGCGUGGCUCUGAAAUAUAAAUGCCAUGACGUCGUCAUCAAUACAUACAGAGACCUGAAGGACCGGCAGGAGCUUGUUGUGUACAGAGAGAAGCUGGAACGGGACUCGCCCGAAUACAGGAAGAUCCAGGAACUCCUCAAUAACGUGGUAAGAGGAAGUGAGCCUCCACUCUUGAGUCAUUUGCUUAUUAACAGUGAGGAGAAAUCUUGA